GUGUGUGUAUGUGUGUGUGUGUCUGUGUGCGUGUGUGUGUAAAGGCUGAACAGGAGGGCAGCUGACUCGUGCCGGCUUAAGAAGUGCACUGCUUUGCUGUGGGACAUCCUGAGGUCUAUAACUAGAUUAAAGCCGAGUUAGACACACUGUAAUAUGGCAGACACGUUGAGGAGGCUGGUGAAUACUUCAUCCUACAACAUCCUACAGCAAAAACUAGAAACCUGGUAUAAAGACUAUCAUGUGAUCUCGUGUGACCAGAACCUGAACCGAUGCUGUGAGCUAGUGGAGCUCACCUCAACUAUCCAAGGGCAACUGUUUACUAUACUAAACCUUACUGCACAAGAAGGCGGUCACUACGCAGGAGUAGACACGAUUAAAUCUCGCUUGCUGCCAUGGCUUGGUACGUGCUUCACCAUGGCAAGUGUCUCUGUCUCUUCAGACACCAGUCUCAAUCUUAUUCAGGACAAUGUGGAGAAGGAGCGAAGGAUCCGUGAGAUGUCAUUGUCUCAUGAGAGUGACAUGCAAAAAAUUGAGGACCAGCUCUGCUCUACACGUAUAGAGCUGGGCUCUGUCAAACAGCAACUUACUGAUACAAAGAUUGAACUGGAUUCCACCAAAAACAGAUCAGCGACCACCCUACUGGCCACAGAAGAUGAAAUACUGCACCUGAAAGCAGAGUUGCGGACUGCCUAUGAUCAGGUGGACCUCUAUAAGAAGAAGUUGGAGGUGCUGGAGGACAAUGAGAGGCAGGUCAGAUUACUGAGAGAUGAGGUCACGUUUCUUACUACUGAAAAAUCCAGGCUACAAGAAAGGCUUGUGAGGAGUCGUUCUCCCAGUCCUGUAUCUCGGUUGAGUCGGAACUGCAGUCCUAUAAGAAGUGAGUCUCCUACACGUGCUCAACUCACCAGCUCAUCUCGUCAUGCCCGGCUUGUGUCUCGUUUCUCUGACCUGUAUGCCAUCGAGCGCCUGGAAGCUCAGAGUCUCCUCCGCCGUUACAUCGACGACUUGGAGACAGUGCAAAGGAUCAUCUUCAUUGCUGCUGUGGAAUCGUUUCAGGCAGCUAAAUUGGCCUAUCGUCAGUUUAAGAUGCGUGUGAGGAAAACUCUGUCUCCUUCUCACGUGGGUCCUGAGAGCCUGGAGGAUGCCGUAGUGGACUACAUCGUCAGAAACCUUGACCUUUAUGAUGUGCAGACAAGUGUUAGUGAUGUGAUCAAUGCAAUGAAUGUGAACCCACGUAUAUCCUUCCCUCCUGAAGUGGACUUCAUUUUCAUCAGUAGUUUCAUCCGAGAGAUGUGUCGAAUUGCUUUUGACAUGCAGACACUGGAUCCGCCCCUUGACCUUGCCUUUAGCUCUGAUGGAGAACUCUAUAAUGACAUCAAGUACAGGCGUAGUUACGAUUCAGAGUUCACUGCACCACUGGUGGCGUAUCACGUGUGGCCUGCACUAAUGGAGGGAGAUACGAUCAUAGUGAAAGGAGAGGCUGUCACCAGGAGAGGGGCACUGUGGAGGAGCCGAAGCCGCAGCUGCAGUCCGGUCCGCUCUCGCUCUGGAAGCCCCAACCGCACAUUUAUGUCAAGUCGUAGUCGAAGCCCGUCUCCUGGACGUCUCUCAACCAGUCGACUGUAAAUUUCACGCGUUUAUGCCACUCAUCACACAAAUACCAUCAUCUUUAAUGAUUUUUUCCUUUUGUUUGUUUUUUCCUGUUGGGGCAUGAAAUGGAACAGGCUUUAAUAAAUCAAGAUCAUAGCCAGUCUACACAAUGUACUGCGAAACAAUUAGCAAAGUAACAAUCUUAAAACAAAUUUGUAACAGCAAAAAUACAAAUCUUUAUUCUUAUGAGGGGAAAAGAUGUUCACUACGCUGUUUUAUCUGGCACCGUUUUAAAUGUGCUAUGGUUUCAGUCUGUCCUAUAUAUUAAAUGUGAUUUUGUGUGUUGAUUGUUUUCAUAAUUUAGACAAUAUGGUGGACU